ACUCUUUUUAUGUGGCUUGGUGAUUACUGGGUCUCCAUAAACAUUUGAUUGAAUUGAUUUCCCUUAUGGAGCGCAGCUCGGUUGUUCGCCUAAGUAGAGAACAGAGAUACUGAAAUGUAAAGCUGGUGCGCUAAGAUUUUGGGCAUACGAACUGUGAUAAAAAUUGUAUACGAUAGAAUAAAUUUUGGCACAAAAAUACGAAAAACCAACCACCAAACAACUAACUACAUUUGCAUCCAGUCGAAUUGAAUUAAGAGCAGCAAAUUUCGAGAGGUUGCCACCUUAUAUUACAAUCAGCGAGUUCAUUGGAAAACCGGCAAGCUGUCUGCGUUAUCGAUUCGAAACUUCUCGGCAAAUAUGCUGAACAAUUUGGGCGCCAACAUGUUGGGUCCCAAAGAUUGUGACCUACCAAAAGCCGCAAUCACGGCUCUGCACGCUGGCGUCAAUAGUUUUGGCCAAUUGCCACCAAACGCGCAAAAUCCGGCAGACGCGGUGUUGAACGGCAGUGGUGGCGGUGCGGCCCGGUUGCAUGUCACUGGCGGCCUUUGCGAUAAUAAUCCGCAUCACAAUAAUAACAACAAUAACACGAAUAACAAUAACAUGCAACAGCAGGAUCAGCGUUUCUAUCUCUUGCAGAAUUCGGAUAAAAACAACAAGCAGAAGCGACAUCGGACGCGCUUCACGCCCGCCCAACUCAAUGAGCUGGAGCGCUGCUUCUCGAAAACGCACUAUCCGGACAUUUUCAUGCGUGAGGAGAUUGCGAUGCGCAUCGGAUUGACCGAAUCGAGAGUGCAGGUCUGGUUUCAAAACCGUCGCGCCAAGUGGAAGAAGCGCAAGAAGACUACAAAUGUCUUUCGUACACCGGGCGCUUUGUUGCCUUCGCACGGGCUGCCGCCAUUCGGCGCCAAUAUCACCAACAUUGCCAUGGGCGAGGGCCUUUGCGGGACUGGCAUGUUUGGUGGGGAUCGUUGGGGCGUGGGCGUAAAUCCGAUGACUGCAGGUUUUGGUCAACUAAAUCAAUCUUCGCCGCUUUCAUCUACAAUAAAUAGUGGUCUUAAUUCGGGUAUUAACAUUGGUUCCGCAAUGGGUGCUGGCAGCUAUCAGCAUUAUGGACUAAACGCUUUAGGUGACUCGAUGAUGUAUCAGCAUACGGUUGGUGGCGUAAGCUGCGGCGCCAGCGGCUCACCCACCACGACCACGCCCCCGAACAUCAAUUCGUGUUCGUCGGUUACACCGCCACUGUCGAAUCAGCCGAAUGCCGGGCCAAAUGAGAUGAAUGGCGACCAAAUGAACGGUCCACCACAUCAUCAGCAACAACCACCAACGACGCAACAGCAACAGCAGCAGCAGCAACAACAACAACAGCAAGCCCACCAACAAAAUCACCAUCAUCAACAGCCACCGUCACAGCAACAGCAGCAGCAGCAACAGCAGCAACAACAGCAACAGACCCAGCCACAACAUCAGGAGCAUGCGGCAAAUAAUGGUGGCACACACAUGGUGCCACACUGUCACCAAUCCAUGCAAUCGCCGUCAGAUGGCGGCAAUGGCGUUGGCGAAGAGGAUGUUUGGCGAGGACACAGUAUAGCUGCCUUGCGACGACGCGCUUCCGAAUUGAAUGCCACUUCGGCGAUUCCAUCAUACUUGCAUCACGCUGCCGCCGCACACAACAACUACGAACACCACAAUUCGGUCUACUGAAAUUUGUUGAAAAGCUUUGAAAGCUUUUCGGAUUACGGUUUUCCAAGUUGUGGCAAUCAUGAAUUCUAGAAUUGGCCCAAGCUGGAAAUGGAUGAUGGAGGUAGUGGUAGUGGUGGUGGUGGGGGUGGUGGUGCUGGUAGUAGUGUUGGGGGUGGAGUGGAGCAAAGGUGGUGAGUGGCUGUUUGUGGAAGGACGAAAAAUGCCACAACAUUUUAGCAGCCACUGCAUGGCGUGAUGGCGUGCGGGAUGUAAAACAGUUUUGAGCACACUGCAUGGCGACAUGGUUGGUAAGGGCUGUGGUGGAUUUGAUGAGCUUUCGUUGAGAAGUUUACUAAGAGACUAGCAAUGAAUCCAACGACGUAUACGUAAAAAGUGAACUGCAGACAAAAUGCAAACUUAAAAAUUAAGAUAUACAAAUACUGCAUAAUUAUUAAAAAAUAUGUAAUUGAGUCAUACGUACACACGUACAUACAUGCAUAUACGCGUAUGUAUGUAUAGAAAAUGUAAAAAGCGAGCAAGAAACAGUGGACUAGGCGUAUAAAUGUAACUAUGAACUGCGAAACAAAAAUUAAUAUUUUUUUUUUAAAUAAUUGAAAAUUAUUUAACUUGGCGCUAGAAUCCGACUCCUACUGGCUUUCGGUGUGCAGCAGAUGAAGACAUAAGCAAAUUUUCUUUUUUGAUUUUAAAGUAUAAAAAGGAUUGCAACCAAAGCCCCAAUUCUGCAGACUAUGGAAG